GGGGUGAUGAGCAGAACAGCCCAGGACUGAAACGCUCCACUCCGCCGCGCUCAGCUCUGGUGUGUCGGCCUCGCUUCGAGUCCCGCCUUACCAGUAUUAAUUACUUUUCACUGGAGAAGCUGCGUCAUAACUUCAAAGAGCCGACAACAACACAGCACCACUGUUCGACCUCCCAAAGAAGAAACCAUUGGUCUUCCCGAAUGCUGCCGUCGCACCGGCUCUUCUAAAGCUCCACCCAGACUGGUCGCUCUCCAGCCAACAUGUCGUCGUCCUACGCGGCUGCCAUAUCGGCCCUUCUUACAUCCAACCAACCCAUCCAUCAGCCUUUCUCGGAAACAAAACAUAAGAGCAGCAGCAGAAAGAGUCCCACACCCAGCAAGACCCCCCACUGCCCUCUGUCUUUACAGAGCCACGCCGCUUCACCGGAGCCUCUGGGAUCUUAUGAAGAGCAACAGGAGAAUCCUUCAGACUACGGCAUUGGUGGUUAUUACCAGGUAGAGAUUGGAGAAAUAUUUGUUGACCGCUAUCAAGUCCUUAAAAAGUUGGGAAGGGGUCACUUCUCCACCGUGUGGCUCUGCUGGGACAUGGUAACGAAGCGCUUUGUGGCUCUGAAGGUGGUGAAGAGCGCUGAAAUGUUCACUGAGAUGGCACUGGAUGAGAUCACACUGCUUAAAUGUGUAAGGGACAGCGACCCCAAGGAUCCUAAGCGUGAGAAAAUCGUGCAGCUCAUUGACGACUUUCGAAUCUCGGCUCCGACCGGAGAGCACGUGUGCAUGGUUCUGGAGGUUCUCGGCCACGAGCUUCUCAAGUGGAUCGUCAAAUCCAACUACACAGGCCUCCCCCUGCCUUGUGUUAAAAGCAUCCUCAAGCAGGUCUUGCAGGGUUUAGAUUACUUGCACACUAAAUGCAAAGUCAUCCACACGGACAUCAAGCCGGAGAACAUCCUCCUGAGAGCGGACGAGAUUUAUCUCCGGAAGCUUGCAGCCAGCACCAAGCUGCAGCAGUUACCCGUUCCUCCUCCUCCUCCUCGUCUCAGCAGCAGCAGCAGCUCAGUGAACAGAGACUCGAGAGAAAAGCAGAGCGUGUUCAACUGGUUUGGGAAGCUGACGGGGGUCCUGCACACGCUUGGCGAAUGGUCCAGCAAGGUCUCCAGGAGUCCGCUGAAGAAGCUAUCGGCGAAGGACAAAAGCCGUCGGGGACAGAAGAGUCCGUCUGACCUGAAGUCAGACAAGCCUCAUGUGACGUUUUCUGAAGAUGCCGCUUCAAACGUGCAUCACUUCACUAGCGCCUCAAAGCUCAGAGGUCAUGACCUUAAGAUGAGGAGGCAGACUUUGCUGUUUGAGGAUGGACUGGACAGUGAUCCACGCAGCCACAGGCUCUCCAUGGGCUCAUGCCCAAACUUUAGCGUGGACGCCCCGGCCUCCGGCUCCAGAUCUGCGCUGUUCCCCCAGACGUCGCACACGGAGCCCGUUGCACCUCCGGCUUCCUCCGCUAGAGGAAUCGGCGACACAGAUGUUCCUCUGGACGUACUGAAGCCUCACAAUGCCGACAAAAUUGUGGUCAAGAUUGCAGAUCUGGGCAACGCCUGCUGGGUGCACAAGCACUUCAGCGAAGACAUUCAGACCUGUCAGUAUCGCUCCAUUGAGGUUCUGAUUGGUGCGGACUACGACACGCCAGCCGACAUCUGGAGCGCCGCCUGCAUGGCCUUUGAGCUGGCCACGGGAGACUACCUGUUUGACCCCCAGGCAGGAGCCGCGUUCUGCCGGGAGGAAGAUCACAUUGCCCAUAUCAUCGAGCUGCUCGGACCUCUCCCGUCCCAGUUUGCCCUUUCUGGGAGAAAAUCCAAACAAUACUUCAACAGGAAAGGGCAGCUGCGGCACAUCUCCAAACUGAAACCGUGGAGCUUGUUGGAGAUCCUGCUGGAUAAGUACGAGUGGCCACGGGAGGAGGCGCUCCAGUUCAGUUCGUUUCUCCUCACCAUGUUGGAACUGCAGCCACAGAAAAGAGCCACAGCUGCUCAGUGUCUGAAACACCCCUGGGUUUCCUCCUAGAGACGCACAGCAGCGCCGGGAGACCAGGGCCCUUGGACAAGAGGGCCCUGGUCUCCCGGCUUUUGUCAGAAAUUUUGAAAUUCAUCUCAGAAGAUUUUCUGGAAAAAAAAAACAAGGAAAUUUCUCAGCUUCAAAAGUCUAAUGUCUACUGGGAAAGAAAACAAAUUGGAAAUCUUGAGCUAAGUAGUUUAUAGAAGGCCUUGCAUUUCUGAGUUUCAAAAGUCAAACAUUUGCUAUUAAAAAACCCCCCCAAAAAACUCAAAUUUUGAGGUCAAUCUCAGACAAAAGAUUAAUUUCCGGGUAUCAAAAGUCAAAUUUUGUCAUUUUUCCUUGAAAAUUUCUGAGAUUAUUCUCAAAAUUUGGCAUUCUUUAUUAUUAUUAUUAUUAUUAUUAUUUUUUUUUUUUUUACUUUUGGACCACAGAA